AUGGUGACUGAAGUUUAUUUAGGCACCUACAACAGGACAGGCACUGCGAUGGGCUUCAUGGACAGUCUCUCCAGUCUUUGUAACAGUCUGAUUAAGUGGUGGAAUGAAACAGUGGAGCUUUUUCGUGCUAGGAUGCCAUUGCGGAGACAUCGUUGUCGUUUCAAGAGUUAUGAGUGCUGCUUCACGGCAGCCGAAGCUGUGGACUGGUUGCAUGAGCUGCUGAGGUGCAGUCAGAACUUUGGCCCUGAAGUGACUCGCAAACAAACGGUUCAGCUGCUAAAAAAAUUCCUGAAGAACCAUGUUAUUGAAGACAUCAAGGGAAAGUGGGGUCAGGAAGACUUUGAAGACAACAGUCACUUAUACAGAUUUCCUCCUUCCUCACCCUUGAAACCCUACCCGAAGAAGCCCCCAUAUCAAAAGGAUGUUAUUAAAUUUCCAGAAUGGAAUGAUCUUCCACCAAGCACUUCACAAGAGAACAUCCCAGUGCGGCCGGUUGUGAUGAAUUCUGAGAUGUGGUUUAAGCGUCACAGUAUUGCUAUUGGAGAGGUGCCGGCUUGCCGUCUCAUCUACCGCCGACAGCUUACAGAGGCCAAUGUGGAAGAAAUAUGGAAGUCUAUGACAUUAUCAUAUUUACAGAAAACCCUUGGCUUAGAUUCCUUAGAAGAAGUUUUAGACAUCAAACAUGUCAACUCCAAGUUCAUCAUCCAUAAUGUAUAUAGUGUUAGCAAGCAGGGAGUUGUUAUCCUUGAUGACAAGUCAAAAGAACUUCCUCAUUGGGUACUAUCUGCUAUGAAGUGUUUGGCAAAUUGGCCCAACUGUUCAGAUUUGAAGCAGCCUAUGUACUUGGGAUUUGAAAAAGAUGUAUUUAAAACUAUAGCAGAUUAUUAUGGUCACUUGAAAGAGCCGCUGCUUACAUUUCAUCUCUUUGAUGCUUUUGUCAGUGUAUUAGGUAAGUUGGAAAAAGAAGAAAAUGGCAUUGAAGCAUUUCAGAUCUCUGGUUCAGACAUUUUCCGGUGCAUCUAUGUUAAGGAUGAAGUAGAAUUGGAUGAGUUAUUUAGCUGUUAGUUGGUGACAUUUCUGAUGAAUUACCAGGAGAUUCUGAAAAUAAAAUACCCAGUGAGCUGAUUGGAUAUCACUUUAUCUGCUCCUUCAUUUUGCCGUCAAAUAUCCUGAGAAUUUGAGUACCAAAGAGUAUGCUCAAGAACCUCUGGAGCCUUGUUGGAGGAAGUCAUAACAGACACCAAACUCUCCAGCAAAGAGAAGAAGAAAAAGCUGAAGCAGACUAAGUUUCAGAAAAUCCUCCCGAAGUCUACCCAAGAACGGUUUCCUACACCAGAAAGUGAAGCACUUCUGUUUCCUGAAAAACCAACGAAGCCACAGCUGCUCAUGUGGGACUGAAAAGCUUUCCAGCCAUUUUCAAAGAACUCGAAGUUUUCGAUGUGA